CAUGAAAGUAACUGUUUUUACAGCACUUAGGCAAAAGAACAUUUCACCUGGAAAAGAAGAAGACCCUGUUAACGAUUCCAGCCCCAAGACACUGCAAGGAGAUAGCCCUGUAGUUCAGGAAGAUCCGGUUAAUGACUCCGGCCCGAAAGACGGUGUAGAUCAGGAAGAUCCUGUUAAUGACUCCGGCCCGAAAGACGGUGUAGAUCAGGAAGAUCCUGUUAAUGACUCCGGCCCGAAAGACGGUGUAGAUCAGGAAGAUCCUGUUAAUGACUCCGGCCCGAAAGACGGUGUAGAUCAGGAAGAUCCUGUUAAUGACUCCGGCCCGAAAGACGGUGUAGAUCAGGAAGAUCCUGUUAAUGACUCCGGCCCGAAAGACGGUGUAGAUCAGGAAGAUCCUGUUAAUGACUCCGGCCCGAAAGACGGUGUAGAUCAGGAAGAUCCUGUUAAUGACUCCGGUCUGAAAGACCGUGUAGAUCAGGAAGAUCCUGUCAACGAUUCCAGCCCCUCCAAGAUUCAGCAAGAAGAAAACCCUGUAGAUGAUGAAGAUCCUGGUAACAAUUUCGACACUUCUGGGAUACCGAAAGAAGAGGAAGAUGUAGGCCAGGAAGAAGUUGCUAAUGAAUCUGAUAACGAUGACGUACCGCGAGUAGAAGGUGAUAACGAUCGCGAAAAAGGGAAUGACGAAUCUGGAGCCGACUGUCCUCAGAAGUGCCAAAAUCGCAGAGUGAUGGUGUGUGCGCGCUGUCCUCACGGCAUCUUCCGCACGUUCAUGAGUAGCUGCUUCAUGAGGAUGUAUCAGUGCCAGCAUCCUAAUGAAAAGCUGGAACUGGUAUCACGGCACGCUUGCACAGGCUCAGCACCCUAUAUGGGUGAGAUGCCGAUGUCGAUUGGGGAAAACGUGGAGCCUUAUGAUGAGGAUCCCGUGCUCAACCAUAUUUACCACAGAUUGAGUGUACAAGAUUAAGUCUGCUUACAGUCUUACGAUAUUAAAUAUUUUGAUUUU